AUGGGACGCUCUUGCUGCGGAAGCACGUCCCCUCAAGCAGAUGCGAUUGAGAAGGUAGAUGCAAAAAAGCCAGAUACAUCCUCUGUGAAUUGCGGUGGCGGUCCAUUAUCGGAGACGUCCAGUCAAGAGAACUCUCGUGAGGACGGCGCUGUCCAAAACAAUGACAAAAUAAGUCACGACAAUACCAAUACAACGUCAUCCGCCGAAACUACAGACCCCUGGUGCAAGGCGCCUACCGAUACCAGCAAGGGUAAGGCUCCGCCCGGGACUUGCGAGGGAGGCUGCUGCGACGACCUGUCUGCCGAGGCUUUUGGUAAAGGGAAUGCCCCUUCUAUUGGUGCUUCUGCUUCCAAAGAAGCUUGUUGUGCAGACAAUUCUACCACCGAAGCUGGGAUGACAAACUGCAGUGUUUCUUCAGGCUGCCCUCGCACACACGCCAGCUCCGGUACCCCAUGGUCGAGCGAACCUGCUACUUCCGUCGGACCUAUUGUGACAGAGUGCUGUGAGGGCAAGACUUCUCCCUGCUGUAAUGAGACCUGCCUCGACCGUCUGGCUUUACUUGAGUGUGAUACGGGGUCCAGCACCCAUUGCAUGGCAGUAGCUGGACACGCUUUGCCUUCGACAUCUACACAGGCGGAACGUGCAAAAACCAAGCGUAGAGCUUGCGACCGUCAUCGUCGCUCGGUUAGAGAGCAAUAUUCUGCUAGGCUUACAGCACUCGGAUGUAUCUGCCGUGCUCUUCUUGCCCUUGGCAAAGAAUCAUGCUGCGAGCCUCGAAAGCGCUCUUCGCUGGAGAAGGGGCGGUGCUCUGAACGACCAUUGAGACAGUCUCUAUCGCGCGUUUCGGUUGGAUCUCGCAGCACAAGCGGCACGUCCACCAGUCAAUCGCCGCUUCGAAGUACCGAUCGGGACCGAAAGAAUAAAAACGUACGCGGUAUUGAGAAGUGUGCCAGUCUAGGUUGCUGCAAGCCCAAUAUUACCACAUCCAGCGACAACUUCACCGGUCCGUGUGUCUCUGAAGCAGACGAGAGGAAAAUCAAGUCAGCGGAUGAUUCCUGUGCUGAUAUUUGCUACACCUCCAAAAGGCCGUCCUCGCCCAAAGAGAAGAAGAGUGGGGCUGGUAGUAUUGCUCGUGAUCUGGAGGGCCAGGCCAUAGGUGUCGAGCAUGUGGUUCUCUCGAUAUCUGGUAUGACUUGCACUGGCUGCGAGACGAAACUCAACAGAACGCUCGCGACAGUGACAGGUGUCAAGAACUUGAAGACAAGUCUAGUUCUCUCUCGAGCUGAAUUCGACUUGGACCUCAAUCUCUCAACUGUGGACUUUGUCAUGAAGCACUUGGAGCGUACUACGGAGUUCAAAUGUGAGAUUAUCACGGGUAACGGGUCAACUAUGGAUAUCAUUGUUCCUGGUGAUCCAUUUUCGAUCAUCAACCAUACUUGGCCAGAAGGCGUAACUGACAUAUCCAUCGUGGAGGAUCGUACCGUUCGCGUUUCCUUUGAUCCACAAGUGGUUGGAGCACGAGAUCUCAUUGAAAAACACUGGGGUGGGAUAGCAAAGCUUGCGCCCAUCUGUGGUGAUCCAGCACUCGCAGCUGGAAGCAGGCAUGUCCGCCAUUCCGGUUUCAUGACUCUCUUAUCUGCAGUCCUCACGAUCCCAGUGUUGGUGAUGGCAUGGGCCCCCAUCCCAGAGAGAGAAAUCGCCUAUAGCUCUGCCUCACUGGCCUUGGCUACUAUCAUUCAGGUUCUGAUAGCAGGACCUUUCUACCCCAAAGCUUUGAAGGCUCUUGUCUUCUCGCGAGUAAUUGAGAUGGAUCUUCUUAUCGUGUUGAGUACCAGCGCGGCAUACAUUUUCUCUGUGGUCUCUUUCGGCUUUCUGGUUGCUGGUAAACCUCUUUCUACUGGCCAGUUCUUCGAGACAAGCACACUUCUGGUGACGUUGAUCAUGUUCGGACGAUAUAUCGCCACGCUUGCCCGACAAAAGGCGGUCGAGUCAAUCUCCAUUCGCUCACUUCAGGCCCAAACCGCCCUUCUUGUGGACGAAUCACACUCUUCAGAGGCUCGAGAAAUCGACGUCAGGCUUCUGCAAUACGGGGACACGUUCAAGGUCCUGCCAGAUAUGAGAAUCCCUACUGACGGAACUGUUUCAUCUGGCUCAUCUGAAGUGAACGAGUCGAUGCUCACUGGAGAGUCCCGACCUGUCGAAAAGAAUCCCAAAUCCCGUGUCAUUGCAGGGACAAUCAACGGCUCAGGAAGUCUGCUUGUCAGGUUAACUCGCCUCCCAGGUGACAACGCCAUUAACACUAUCGCCGCCAUGGUUGAUGAAGCCAAACUUUCUAAGCCAAAGAUCCAAGAACUUGCCGACAAAGUGGCUUCCUAUUUUGUUCCGGUCAUUGUGGCCUUGACUAUCAUCACAUUCGUUAUCUGGGUGGCUGUUGGCAUAGCAAUGCAAGGCAAGACUGGAUCCGAAGCGACCGUCCAGGCUAUCACCUACGCCAUCACAGUGCUUAUAGUCUCCUGCCCUUGCGCCAUUGGUCUUGCCGUACCGAUGGUGGUUGUGAUCUGCAGUGGUAUUGCGGCGGAGCGAGGCGUGAUAUUUAAGUCCGCAGAUUCCAUCGAAGUUGCCCAUAGAGCCUCUCACAUGGUCCUUGACAAGACAGGAACCCUGACCCAAGGAAAGCUCAGCGUAGUCGUUGAGCACUAUCUUGAAAACGGAGAAUCAUGCCUGUCAAUUCUUUUGGGCCUGGUCGGCGACAGCAAGCACCCGGUUUCGGUGGCUGUUGGUAAUCAUCUUAAGCAAAAGGGGGUUGUUGCAACAGCUGUCCCCGACGUCAAAAGCUUGACCGGCCGAGGUGUGGAAGCGAACCUAGCUAGUCAAACGCUACAAGCUGGGAAUUCUCGCUGGCUAGGGCUUUCCACCCAUCCCCUGGUGCAGCCGGUGCUUACACAAGGCUAUACCGCGUUUUGCUUCGCCAUCGACGGGGUGCUACUUGCAGUCUUUGGUCUCGAGGACUCUCUCCGAGCUGAUGCAACCCACGUGGUCAAUUCUUUGCAGAGUCGCGGCGUGUCGGUUCAUGUGAUAUCCGGCGAUGAUGAAGGUGCCGUGCAAAAUGUGGCCACAAAGUUACGAAUCCCCGAGGGCAACGUCCAUGCCCGCAGCUCUCCGGCGGACAAGCAGGUCUAUAUCAAAAACCUCCUGGGCAAUUGCUCGCAUGGUAAGGUGCCGAUUGUCAUCUUUUGCGGUGAUGGCACUAAUGACGCCGUGGCGCUUGCGCAAGCAACAAUCGGUGUUCACAUGAACGAAGGUACUGAUGUUGCCCAGUCUGCAGCUGAUGUCGUUCUUAUGCGUCCAGAUCUGUCUGGCCUUCUCACCAUGAUGGAUGCUAGCAAGGUCUCUGUGAGACGUAUCAAAUUCAACUUCGUCUGGAGCUUUGUCUACAACACAUUUGCCGUCCUCCUAGCGGCUGGGGCCUUUGUCAACGCCAGAAUUCCGCCCGAGUUUGCGGGCCUGGGGGAGCUAAUUAGCGUAUUGCCCGUCAUAAUCGCUGCUGUGCUCUUGCGAUGGUCUAAGAUCUAG